UAAGAAAAACAAAAGUUUUACAUUAAUAACCUAUUAAAGUAUUAAUUAUUGUUUUUAAAAAUGAACGCCCGAUAUUUAUUUCGAAUAUGCACGAGGCAAACUUAUUUUGCUACAUUGGGGAGGCGAAAUAAAGGAUAUAAAGUAGUGAAACGGCCUGAUCCGAGUACUUUGAAAAUGCCUGCUCCUGGUACUGCGCCCAGUUUAAUGGAGAUUAUAAAAGAAAAACUUCGACUAAAUGGACCUUUAACAGUUGCGGAAUACAUGCACAUUGUUUCUACAAAUCCAACUGAAGGAUAUUAUAUGAAGAAGGAUGUAAUAAGCGAAACCGGUGACUUCAUAACUUCGCCGGAAAUUAGCCAACUUUUUGGAGAGAUUCUUGCAAUUUGGUUUUACGCGGAAACUCAAAAAAUGGGUUCAGGAAAACCGCUUCAACUGGUUGAACUUGGGCCCGGCAAUGGUACACUAUUAGUGGAUUUCUUAAGGGUUAUGAAUCGGCUUGGAUAUAAACCAGAGGACCUAUCUUUACAUCUUGUUGAAAUAUCCGAGACAAUGCAAAUGUUACAAGCCCAAAGACUAUGUAUUACACAUAAAGCUACAAACAUAGAGUCACCAUACUAUUAUGAGGGUCAAACAAUAAGUGGUAUCAAAGUUUAUUGGUACAAUGACUUGAAGAAAGUACCAAAUAACUUUUCAUGGUACAUGGCACACGAGUUCUUUGAUGUAUUGCCUAUACAUAAGUUUGAGAAAACGGAAGAUGGAUGGAGAGAAGUUCUAAUAGACAUGGAUGAGAAUGGAAAACUAUAUUAUAGGAUAUCAGGAAAAGAAACUCAGUCAUCAAAAGUCCUGAUCCGACCACCAUUAGACGCUGGGGAUAGAACAGAAUUAGAAAUAAGUGCGAGGAGUUUAGGAAUUGCCAGACAAUUGGCACAACGUGUUGACCAACAUGGUGGCUUAGUGUUAAUAGCUGAUUACGGACAUGAAGGGGAGAAAGGUGAUACAUUUAGAGCAUUUCACAAGCACAAAGUUGUGAAUCCUUUAGAAAAUCCUGGCGAAUGUGACCUCACAGCUGAUGUGGACUUCAGUCAACUCAGGAUAGCAGCAUCCAAGACUCCGGGCGAUGAAAACUAUGCUAUUGUUGCUGGACCUGUGAAACAGAAAGACUUUCUAGAAAGAUUACAGGCCAAAGCUAGGUUGCAGGUGUUAAUGGACAACGCCAAGACUGAGGAAGUAAAGGAAAAGAUUAAAAGCGCAUAUGAAAUGCUCGUGGAUCCAAAGAAAAUGGGCGAAAGGUUCAAAUUCUUGGCUUUUUACCCUUCGACAAUGGGACCUAUAUUAGAAAAGUUUCCGCCUCUAGGAUUUGUUAAUGAAAAAGAAAAUGCU